AUGGGUUCCGAGGGUAUUCGGCCGAAUGUCGCCCCUGCCGUCUCCGCCGCCGCUGCUGCUACUGCAUUUAGUACCGUCGCUGGCGUUACCAUUGCCUCCUUUCAGAAGUGGAGUGGUAGGCACUUUGAUGAUGAUGAGAAUGAUGAUAAUAAUGAUUUUGUUAUUGUUAUUGUUGCUGACUUGAUGCCUGUUAGUCGUUGA